AUGUGCCUUAGACAUGUUCUGAACACCUUUACAAUUAUCCAAGCAAGUAGGGGUGCAGGUCUCGACAUUCCUCAAGACUUCGGCCACAAGAUUUCAGUCAGUUCAGCCUGUCCAUUUGGUCUCAUUAGCCUGCCCUUGCAAGCAGAUGAAUUGGGUUUUGCAAUGCAAAAUAAUCAAGGUCACCUCAAAGCUAGUUCAGGGAAAACUAAGAGUUUUGAAAGUGUUUUAAGAAAUGGAGACUGGUGGGAAGCAAGAUCAAUUGCUACAGGAAAGAAGGGCUAUAUCCCUAGCAAUUAUAUAGCUCCUGCAGAUUCUAUUCAAGCAGAAGAGUGGUAUUUUGGCAAAAUGGGUAGAAAAGAUGCUGAAAGAUUACUUCUCAAUCCUGGGAACCAAAAGGGUAUUUUCUUAGUAAAAGAGAGCGAAACUACUAAAGGUGCUUAUUCCCUCUCUAUUCGUGAUUGGGAUGAGGUAAGGGGAGACAAUGUGAAACACUACAAAAUUAGGAAACUUGACAAUGGUGGAUACUAUAUCACAACUACAGCACAAUUUGAUACUCUGCAGAAACUGGUGAGACACUACACAGAACAUGCUGAUGGUUUAUGCCAUAAGUUAACAACUGUGUGUCCAACUGUGAAACCUCAGACUCAAAGUCUAGCAAAGGAUGCUUGGGAAAUUCCUCGAGAAUCUUUGCGACUUGAAGUUAAAUUAGGACAAGGAUGUUUUGGUGAAGUAUGGAUGGGUACAUGGAAUGGUACCAUGAAAGUAGCAAUCAAAACACUAAAACCAGGUACAAUGAUGCCAGAAGCUUUUCUUCAAGAGGCUCAGAUCAUGAAAAAAUUAAGACAUGAUAAACUUGUGCCACUGUAUGCUGUUGUUUCUGAAGAGCCAAUUUUUAGAAUUAUGAAAAAUGUUGAAUUGGUAAAUGUUCUGUUAUCUUGA